CGACCCAGAGUCACGCUAGUGACGCUUACAUUCCCUGCUCCUGCCCUCAGCCAUAUUGAAAGUGCAGUUUCCGAGUUUGGCUGCCCGGGAAAGUGGCAAAAAACUUCCAUCUAACGCUUUUUGAUUUUGGAAUUUAAGUAUUUUGCCCGUUGGAAAACUUACAAGAGAUUGUGGCUCCGCGUCUACAGCCGUCGAUCGGCGUGUGAAAGAUGGUGGACCGCUUGGCGAACAGUGAGGCCAACUCUAAGCGCAUCGGAGUCGUGGAAACAUGCUUCGGCACAGCAGGUCAACCGCUGGCCAUCCCAGGUCGAGUGCUGAUCGGAGAGGGCGUUCUCACAAAGCUGUGCCGCAAAAGGCCCAAAGCCCGGCAGUUCUUCCUCUUCAAUGACAUCCUGGUGUACGGCAACAUCGUCAUCCAGAAGAAGAAGUACAAUAAGCAGCACAUCAUCCCUCUGGAGAGCGUCACCAUAGACACGGUGGAGGACGAGGGCGAGCUGCGCAACGGCUGGCUCAUUAAAACGCCCACCAAAUCCUUCGCCGUCUACGCUGCCACAGCUACGGAGAAGUCUGAGUGGAUGAGCCACAUAAGCAAGUGCGUCUCGGACCUACUGGAAAAAAGUGGGAAAUCUCCCACCGGCGAGCACGCGGCCGUCUGGGUGCCCGACUCUGAGGCGACCGUGUGCAUGCGCUGCCAGAAGAUCAAAUUCAACCCCGUCAACCGCCGCCACCACUGCCGGAAAUGCGGCUUCGUCGUGUGCGGCCCGUGUUCGGAGAAGAAGUUCCUGCUACCCAGUCAGUCAACCAAACCGGUGCGGGUGUGCGAGUUCUGUUACAAACAGCUCUCCACGGGCGGCACCCUCCCGUCCCGCUCAGACUCCUUGUUAUCCAGCAACAAUAUCUCAGACGACGACGACGACGAUGACAGCAGUGACUGAGGGUCGCAGAUCAUAUCCCAUAAUUUUAGUCUAAUUUUCAUUCAGGUUUGCAAAGGUUCCUGUGGCAAUAACACCUUCCCAAAACAAUUAAACGCCCCUGUGCAUAUGAACAAAAGAUUUGAUGGGAAUUGUUCCUGUGUAUUAAUGAACACUACUUGUCGGUUCGCUCUACUUUCACAUUAAAGUCACUCUCAUAAUCCAUUUUAUUUUAUUAAUGCAUUUCUUGGCAAUGGUGCUCUUUCAUCUUAUUUCCCCCCUUUUCCUUUUUAGCUACCAUAUUCUUACUGAGCAAUGCUGCUAUCCGCUGGAGGAAGAGAAUGUUGGGUAAUGUGAUUGCGGGCUGUUCCUAGGCAAACACUCCCUCAGGUGAAACCGUGUAGUGCAUUGUAACUAGGUUUUUAAACAAGGAACUGCAUUUAGUGCUUUGAACAACCAACCACUAACAAAACAUGAAAGUGUGCGUUCAGGUGAAGGUCUUCUGUUUCUCACUUUGCUCAGUUUCUAGUAAUUGCAAAUGACAUAUCAGAUAGACGCUACUAAGCUUGUAAAUGCGUGUAUAUAAUGCUGUGGUGUAGGAAGUCUGUUGGAAAUUUCAUCUGACAAGGUCGUCGCUGCCUUAGUGCCUUCUUAUUUAUCCUCAGGAUCCUCGAAAUGAGAAACUAUUUAUGACUGAUUUCUUCGCUUUGAGACACCUGCCUUCAUUUGAUGGCACAUCACACGACAGGUGCACAUUCAGUGAACAUUUUUAUUCAUAUGACUGUAGUUAUGGUCAAAACUAGACCGACAGUUUCAGUUGAGGACAGUCGAUUAUAUUCUCUCAGUCCGAAUAGCUUUUUGACAUUCCCAUGAAUCCAGCUGAAGUAUUUUCUGGCAUCUUGUGUCUAUCGUCCACAUGCCCUACACUAUGUUGACAUAUCUCUCCAGCCCUGAUUUCACACAUUAGCAUGCAGUCCACAGGAAUAGCAUGUAAAUAAGGUGAAGGACGUGCUUUCCUUUUGGCCUGCCCUCUCUCAUUGGGGUCUUUGUGUUAGAGAAGUCACAUGUCGGGCCUUGACAGUCAAUCCUACACGCUUUGAACGGGAAUCGAAAGCAUUAUGAGGAAGAGAUUGUCACACAGCCACCUUGUUUCCAAAAAAGCUGCUAAGCGGGUAAUUCGAAAAGCUUUUUUUUUUACUUCUACAGAAGUCAAGCUAGUGGGAGUAUCAGCAUACUUCUUGAGAACUGUACUGUCUCAGUACUGAAUACUUGAUCACCUGUGAAGAUGGCAUAUUUUUGUUUGUGUCAGAAUAAGAAAACUGACAGUGAAAAGGGAUAUUUAAUUAACCUAACUCUGGCUAAAGAGCCUUCUCAUAUGUCUAGUUCAUAUGCAGUGACAGAUACACUCAAGUCAAAAGUAUUUUUUUGCUUUUAGACAUUUAUGUGAGACUUAUUUGAGACUUAGAAACAGGUUUACAGUGACUCGAGGUAAUUCUCUAAUCUUGCUUUCGGAAUAUAACGUUAGAUUCCAGGAUAGUUAUAUUUGGCAUAAUGUAUGAUUUAAUGAAUUGUUUUAAUCGUUCCAAAUCUAACCUGAGAUGAUUUGUAUUCAUUUGACUUGUAUGUUGUAACAUUCUGAGAUGAUUGUUUUGAUUUAGCAUGUUGUAAACUUUUGUACAGUUGUUUUUUUUUUGUAUAUAUACUCUUAGUUGGGCUUGCUGCUUUUUUUUCUUCUUCUUCAUAGCGUUUCCGCGUGGUUCAUGUGUGCGUUUCCUGAACACUUCUGGAUCAGCUACCAGCACUUUACUCUCUCUUCAAACCACAAGAGAGGGGCGGGGCCUGCUUGGGGGAGUGGCUUGGGUAGGAUGUGGGCGGGGACUACAUGUCUUUACAAAUCUGGCCUUCAAAUACAAGAGAAUAGAUUGGAGUAGAGGAUAAACAGGACUGGCAUUUUGUUUUCUUUUGUGAUUUCUUGAACAUGUAAUUUCUGAUUCUCUUGUUCUUUGAUGGAUUUUGGGGUAUUUUCUGUUUCUUUUACAUUUUUUGCCAUUUAAAAAUUCUCAUUUAAAAUUCUGAAAGGGCUGAAAACUGAAUGUAAUCCAUCAUAUCAUCAUUAUUUGAUACUAAUUCUGAGGAAAAUAUAUGCAUUGCUAAAA